CGAAGACAAAAAGAUGCCACAAUACACAAUUCCUUUAUCUAACUGCCUUUUAUCUUGAACACGCACCUUUCUCCUGUAGCGCCAAUUGCCUUCCGCUUCAUCGUGCGCUUACUUGUAUCGUGCUGCUUGAGCCACACUGGCGCAAUUCAAGAUGGUCAACCUCUACCCGCUGACGGAAAGCCACUAUGACUCCGCCUCACCCUACCCUCCCACCACCGACUCAGACUCGGAUUGUGCCUCGGAACCUAGCAAUCUAGGGCUGCGAACAUCGAUUGCAGCUGUGCCUGAGGCCAAGCUUCGCGCGAUUUUGCUCAAACUGGCGGAUAGCAAUCCUCGAUUCCACCGCGCUAUCAUCAAGGAAGUGGCCGCAGUUCUCCCAUUCAACGAUUCCCCACCGACUACGCCUACAAUGGCGAGACAUCGGCGGCCCCGUCGUAAAUCGCGACGCGAAUCUAAAACCCACGGAAUGUCACACAAAGCCGCUCAUCAUGAUGAGCGCCGAAUAACUGUCAAAGAGGAGGAAAGGGAGGUCAGUGGCUACCAUCCAGGUCAUCUCGAAAAUGAAGUCUACGAGUUCCUAUCUAGGACUCCGGAUGGGCUCGCCUUCAAGGUCGUACGCACGAUCACUAUGUGGAGUUGCUGUGAUGAGGAUCAAUGGAGUCCCGGAUGCGUGGCAAUACCACCGCCCGCAAGCGAUGGUGGCAUCGGAAGGAGGUCGAGUGAAGGCUUCCUUGCUGAUGUUUUCCCAGACUCAGUUCUGGAGGUGUAUGGUGAUCACACAACGACCCCAAAAACCGCUCGCCCAUCAUUUCGCGCCGUAACCACUGAUUGAUGAUCGAUGACGUCUAUGAUUGUCGUCUUUACUUCGCGGCUAAACUUACGCUUCAAGACUUUCUUAAUAUCCCUGCCUCGCUUUCGACCUUUCUUGAAGGGGUAUUAAUUUGUUUACGCCUUUGGUUGCAUCUAAUGUACAAUUGAUCUGAAUGAAGAAUAGAUAUUUGACGGGGCAUUAAUUGAAUUCUGCCACCUCAUGACCCCUC